AAGAACAAAUGUAUAAAUCAAUGUGUGGAGGUGGUGGAAGCAAGGAUGAGUUGCAAGGAUAGAAAGCAGAUGCUCAGCAUGUCUUGGCUGCUCCAUUACAGUAGGCUCUGACAAUGAGCAUCAACUUGUCCCUCAGUAAGGAGAAUGCCUCGGAAAACCUCACACUGCUGGAAGAGGGAGCAGGCAGAAUCACCGAGUCAAUUGCUAUCAUCGUUAUUGCUAUUUUCAUCUGUUUAGGAAAUCUGGUGAUCGUCCUCACUCUUUACAAGAAGUCAUACCUGCUCACCUUAAGCAACAAGUUUGUUUUCAGCCUGACCCUGUCCAACUUCCUUCUUUCAGUGCUGGUGCUUCCUUUCGUUGUUACCAGCUCCAUCCAGCGGGAAUGGAUCUUUGGAGUAGUUUGGUGCAACUUCUCUGCCUUGCUUUACAUGCUCAUCAGCUCUGCCAGUAUGCUCACACUCGGACUCAUUGCUAUCGACCGGUAUUAUGCUGUCUUGUACCCAAUGGUUUACCCUAUGAAGAUUACGGGUAACAGAGCUGUAGUUGCCAUUGUGUAUGUGUGGCUUCAUUCUCUAAUUGGAUGCCUUCCACCCCUCUUUGGUUGGUCAUCCUUAGAAUUUGAUCAGUUCAAAUGGAUGUGUGUAGCUGCGUGGUAUAAGCAGGCAGGUUACACCGCCUUUUGGCAGAUAUGGUGUGCUUUGCUACCAUUUGUAGUCAUGAUGAUUUGCUAUGGUUUCAUAUUUCGUGUGGCCAGGAUUAAGGCACGGAAGAUUCACUGUGGGAGCGUGGUCAUUGCAGAGGAAGAUACACAAAGGAAUGGGAGAAAGAACUCAAGUACUUCAACGUCCUCAUCAGGCAGCCGAAGGAAUGCUUUUCAAGGGGUUGUUUAUUCUGCCAAUCAGUGCAAAGCUUUGAUCACAAUUGUAGUUGUGAUUGGGGCAUUUGUCAUCACAUGGGGGCCUUAUAUGGUGGUUAUCACAUCUGAGGCACUUUGGGGGAAAAACAGCAUUUCCCCUGCUUUAGAGACAUUAGCAACAUGGUUAUCUUUUACAAGUGCUAUUUGCCACCCUUUGAUUUACGGACUCUGGAAUAAAACUGUACGCAAAGAGUUACUGGGAAUGUGUUUUGGAGAUCGGUACUACAGAGAAUCAUUUGUUCAAAGGCAAAGGACAUCCAGAUUAUUUAGUAUUUCUAAUAGGAUCACAGAUCUAGGAUUAUCUCCACACUUGACAGCUCUCAUGGCAGGAGAACGGACUUUAGGACACAGCAGCAGCACAGGAGAUACAGGCUUCAGUUGCUCUCAGGAUUCAGGGACGGAUGUUAUGCUGCUUGAAGAUUAUAGUUCUGAUGGAGUUCAUCACCCGCAUUGUGUUUACCCUCAUAGACGGAGUUCUGUAACUUUCGAAGAUGAAGUGGAACAAAUUAAAGAAGCAGCGAAGAAUUCUAUUCUUCACGUAAAGGCUGAAGUUCACAAAUCUCUGGAUAGUUACGCAUCUAGCUUGGCCAAAGCUAUUGAAGCAGAUGUGAGGAUUACCUUGUUUGGAGGAGAUGCCCUAUCUGGCUCUUUGUUCCCAGCACGAACUGUGGCAGGCAGCAGUGCAGGUGCACGGCGUGGUGGCAGGGUCCAUACUGGCCAAAAAAUACAGCUACAAAGCAUUGAAGAAGGGAACACUUAAAAUUGCUUCAAUAAAACA